UGCGGCGCGGAGCGGGGCAGGAAGUCCCGUGCGCCUGAGUCAGGGGAGGCGGGCGCGGCGCUGCCAUGGCGCUGGAGACCCUGUCCCCGGAGUGGGAGUUCGACCGCCUCGACGACGGCUCGCAGAAAAUCCAUGCUGAAGUGCAGUUGAAGAAUUAUGGAAAAUUUCUUGAGGAGUACGCAUCUCAGCUGAAGAGAAUUGAAGAUGCUCUGGAUGACUCUGUUGGAGAUGUUUGGGACUUCAGUCUUGAUCCUAUUGCUUUAAAGCUUUUGCCAUAUGAGCAGUCCUCUUUACUGGAGCUCAUAAAGACGGAAAACAAGGUUCUAAAUAAAGUAAUAACUGUGUAUGCUGCCCUUUGUUGUGAAAUCAAGAAGUUAAAAUAUGAGGCAGAAACGAAAUUUUAUAAUGGCCUCCUGUUUUAUGGAGAAGGAGCCACAGAUUCCAGCAUGGUGGAAGGAGAUUGUCAAAUACAGAUGGGAAGAUUUGUUUCCUUCUUGCAGGAGCUGUCUUGCUUUGUUACCCGAUGUUACGAAGUGGUGGUGAAUGUAGUGCAUCAGUUGGCUGUUCUGUACACCAGCAACAAGAAUGCACCUAAAAUUAUAGAGACAUCAGGAGUUCAUUUUCAGGCGAUGUAUGAGCAUCUGGGAGAACUGCUGACAGUCUUAAUCACUCUGGAUGAAAUAAUUGACAAUCAUGCCACUCUGAAGGAUCACUGGACAAUGUACAAGAGGCUGCUAAAAUCUGUCCAUCACAACCCUUCCAAGUUUGGGAUUCAAGAAGAUAAACUGAAGCCAUUUGAAAAGUUGCUUUUGAAACUGGAAUGCCAGUUGCUUGACGGAAUGAUAUUUCAGGCCUGUAUAGAACAGCAGUUUGAUUCCAUAAAUGGUGGAGUGUCUGUGUCAAAGAACAGCGCGUUUGCUGAAGAAUUUGCUCACACCCUUCGCACAGCCUUUGCAAAUGUUGAAGGCAAACUUGGUGAACCUUCAGAGAUUGACCAGAGGGAUAAAUAUGUAGGCAUCUGCGGCCUUUUUGUACUGCAUUUUCAGAUUUUUCGGACCGUAGACAAGAAAUUUUACAAGUCAUUGCUGGAUGUCUGCAAAAAGGUACCAGCCAUCACGUUAACUGCAAACAUUAUCUGGUUUGCUGACAACUUUCUGAUUCAGAAGAUACCAGCUGCUGCCAAACUUCUGGAUAAGAAAAGUAUUCAUACAAUUAAAACACAAAGGGAAAACUUCUUACAGCAGAAGGCUCAGUCACUUACCAAAGAUAUGCAGUCAUAUUAUGUCUUUGUGAGCUCGUGGAUGACAAAGAUGGAAUCUAUCUUGUCAAAAGAGCAACGCAUGGAUAAGUUUGCUGAAGAUCUUUCUAACCGCUGUAAUGUCUUCAUUCAGGGUUUUCUUUAUGCGUAUAGUCUUAGCACCAUCAUUAAAACUACGAUGAAUCUCUACAUGUCAAUGCAAAAACCUAUGACCAAAACCUCAGUGAAAGCUCUGUGCAGACUUGUGGAACUUCUGAAGGCAAUAGAACACAUGUUUUACCGACGAAGUAUGGUUGUGGCAGAUUCUGUGACACACAUUUCUCAGCAUCUGCAGUAUCAGGCUCUCCAUUCCAUUUCUGUAGCCAAGAAAAGAGUCAUUUCUGAUAAAAAGUACAGUGAGCAACGCCUGGAUGUCCUUUCUGCUUUGGUGUUGGCUGAGAACACCCUUAAUGGGCCCAGCACAAAACAGAGGCGACUGAUUGUUUCCCUUGCGUUAAGUGUGGGAACACAGAUGAAAACUUUCAAAGAUGAAGAACUCCUUCCCCUCCAGCUAGUUCUGAAAAAACUAGACUUGAUCAGUGAACUUACGGAGAGAGUUCGAGCACAAUGUGACUGUUGUUUCUUAUACUGGCAUCGAGCAGUCUUUCCAAUCUACUUAGAUGAUGUGUAUGAAAAUGCAGUUGACUCUGCUAGACUGCAUUAUAUGUUUAGUGCACUGAGGGACUGUGUUCCUGCUAUGAUGUAUGCAAGACAUUUGGAAUCAUAUGAGGUGCUUCUGGAGUGCUAUGACAAAGAAAUCAUGGAAGUGCUCAAUGAGCACUUGCUGGACAAAUUAUGUAAAGAGAUAGAGAAGGACCUUCGCUUGUCAGUUCAUACACACCUAAAGUUGGAUGACAGAAAUCCCUUCAGAGUUGGUAUGAAGGAUCUAGCUCACUUCUUCUUUCUCAACCCAAUACGUUUUUUCAAUCGAUUCAUUGAUAUAAAAGCUCAUGUAACUCACUAUUUGGACAAGACCUUCUACAACUUAACAACUGUGGCUCUACAUGACUGGGCUACCUACAGUGAAAUGAGAAACCUAGCAACUCAGCGCUAUGGUUUAAGUAUGACUGAAGCACAUCUUCCCAGUCAGACUCUGGAACAGGGUCUGGAUGUUUUGGAAAUCAUGAGAAAUAUUCAUGUGUUUGUAUCUCGCUACCUCUACAAUCUGAAUAAUCAGAUCUUCAUUGAAAGAACUAGUAACAACAAACACUUGAACACUAUCAAUAUUCGACACGUUGCUAACUCAAUUCGAACUCAUGGAACAGGAAUCAUGAACACAACAGUCAACUUCACUUACCAGUUUUUGAGGAAAAAAUUUUAUAUUUUUAGCCAGUUCAUGUACGAUGAACAUAUCAAAUCCAGGCUUAUCAAAGACAUCCGAUUCUUCAGGGAAGUCAAGGAUCAAAAUGAUCACAAGUAUCCGUUUGAAAGAGCAGAUAAAUUCAACCGAGGCAUCAGAAAACUUGGAAUAACUCCAGAUGGCCAGAGCUACCUUGACCAGUUCAGACAACUCAUAAGUCAAAUCGGCAAUGCUAUGGGCUACGUACGAAUGAUAAGAUCUGGUGGUCUUCACUGCUGCAGCAGUGCAAUUAGGUUUGUUCCUGAUCUGGAAGAUAUUGUUAAUUUUGAAGAGCUGGUGAAAGAAGAAGGACUCUCAGAAGAAACUCAGAAAGCAGCGAGGCAAUUGGAUUCUGUCCUUAGUGACCUCACACGUAACUUUGCAGAAGGAACGGAGUACUUUAAAAUGCUUGUGGAUGUAUUUGCUCCUGAAUUCCGCAGUCCAAAGAAUAUGCAUUUGAGGAACUUCUACAUUAUUGUUCCCCCACUGACCCUCAAUUUUGUAGAGCAUUCAAUCAGUUGCAAGGAGAAAUUGAACAAGAAGAACAAAAGUGGGGCAGCCUUCACUGAUGAUGGGUUUGCAAUGGGUGUGGCUUACAUUCUGAAGCUGUUGGAUCAGUACCAGGAGUUUGAUUCGCUGCACUGGUUCCAGUCUGUUCGAGAGAAGUAUGUGAAGGAAAUCAGAGCAGUAGCUAAGCAACAGAACGUGCAGUCAAUUAAUCAAGAUGAAAAACUGCUACAAACUAUGAACCUUACCCACAAGCGACUGGAAGUUUGCUUACAGGAAUUUGAACUCCUUUAUUUUUCAUUAAGUAGUGCAAGAAUAUUUUUCAGAGCAGAUAAAACUGCAGCAGAAGAAAACCAGGAAAAGAAAGAGAGAGAAGAAGAAUCUGUUAAAGCAAGCAAUGGAGAUCUUUCCAACUCUACGCCUGCAGAUCCUGUUGUGAAAUGAUGUGGCUGAAGUAAGGAAAUCAGGAGCCAAGACAGAACCACAAUCAGCUCUUCCUUCCAUGACCAGACACUGUGUGAUGGGUGUCUGUGACCAUUAAGUGAUCUUACACUUCAUGAAUAUGUUGUGCCUAACUGCAAGUUUCAGCCUCAACCCUGUCUUUCUCAGCCUUUGUAGGUCCAUUGCACUCUGUGUCGUUAAUACAGUCUUAGUUUCCUGAUUAUUAACAAUAAUUGCACUGCAGGCUUCAGAAGCUGCUGAACACUGUGAGAACUCUGUGUAAAAUCUAACAUCUGUUAAUGCCUGUGAGCAGAGGUUCUUAGAUUGUGCAAGAGUUGCUCAGAUUCCUGACGUAAGUAGCUCGAGUUAGCUUAACAGUGAAUUCUGAAUUCCACUUCCAUUGAAAGACUCAGUUGUGUUUUAAUCUCCUGGAAUAUAAAACACUUUGAGGUUUUACUAGCUAGAAUAAACUACUUUAGUCAGUCUGAGAAUAAUUUUUUGGUUUUUUUGGCCUUCUUAACUGUACUUAAUUUACAGUCUUUUUCAUCUCCUCUAAUUAGAAAAAAGGUGAUGUUUUAAUACAAAUGGCUCAGAUUGUUCCACCUGCUCGCUCUUUGGCCAUGGGUUGGCUGAGACAAUUCCUGGCAGGCUUUGAUUCAUCCUUUCCUGCCGGUGAGUUCAGCAUUUAGAGAACUGGGGCGAACGUUUUGGUUGCAACUGGACAGAGUGGACUGAUAAGAAAGUCCUUUCAUUGGUUCUGAAAACUUGACACAGAAGCUUUGUAAGCUGUUUAAAUCAGCUGGCUUUGUUCAUACUUUUGUUAAAACUGCGGAGACUGCCCUAACUAAUUCUGCACUGCUUCAUUUUGCUUUUUUUUGGUCAUAGUUUACGUGCACUUUCUUUUUUGACCAAGCUGUGCCCGCACUGAACAGUUGGAGUAGGGUUGCUGAGAACAGCAGUCUCAGUGCUUCUGCUGAUUGCCAUCAUGUUGCAGUAGGAACGUAUGCAUUUCCAUAUCCUUGUCUUGUCCCACCUCAAGUCAUGUAAGCUCCAGUUGUUCUCUAGCAAUGGCAGAACCACACAGAGCAUUUAUUUUCCUUCAGGAUGGAUGUGCUAGGUAGAUAGAUGCAGUCAAGCCAUGACCUGUGCUCUAAUUAUUAAAGUCCACAUUUAUAUUUUCCCUUCUGAUUUUUGGACCGAUGGGAUCCCAGCUAAGUAACACUCUGCAGUUCGUUAUGUGUGCUGAACCAACUCGUGUCAUUCUGGUGAUGGAAAUUCUACAGGAAAGACAAAAGCCUAUUUUUAUAGAACCCCUAUGGACAGUGGGACCUGAAUGUAUACUCUGUGUGGCAAAAGUAUAUACAUUCAUAUGAAUACGUGCAGUGAUAAUAGAGCUAUUCUUGCUAAUACAGGACUGUAGUUUACUAUAGUUACAUUUUAUUGUCAUGUAGCAGCAUAUAUAUGCAGAAAGCUUUUGUUACCUGAAAUAUGAACGAGGUGGGUCCUGGUUUGGGAUGGUGCUCCUGUGUCAAUGAGUCACAUCAAAUUCUCCCCCCAGCCCCUGUGCAACUAUCUGGAAAGGGUGCAGAAUUCUUGUGGUGCUAUUUUCAUUGCCUUUACCCUCCUGCUCUGAUUAUAGGAACAAAAUGGAACCCAGUGGGUUGGCUGGAGAUGAGGAUGGAUCUAAAAAGAAAAAAAUAAUAAAAUUCUCUAAACGAAAUGGAACUUUGCUGCUCACUGGAAAUUCCCAGAGGUGAUGAAGGAAAGGGAAGAUGAUUAAGUUUGCUGCAGGGAUGUAAAAUGAAUCUCUAUUAUGUUCCUUCAAGGCAGGCACGGAACAGGCUGAAGGAGUCUGCCUUCCUGAGGAGGCAGCUGCCACCGCAGCCCCUGUGUGCUUUGUCCUGGGCCAGGGCUGCUGGAGGCAGAAGUGAUGGCAGCGGCUCCCCUGGUGGCCUUGCAGCCUGUUUGUAAUGGAGCGGAGCCCUUUUAUGCCAUAAGCCAUAGGGCUGCACAGGGGAUGCAGAGCACAGCUGAUGCCCAGAGUCACAUUUGCCCUGAGGUCAAAAGGUGUUGGUCACUGGUGGUGUAGAGGGUGCUGGUCCCAGCAGCCCUGUGCUUCACUGGGUUAUGUCUGGGUUGCUUUGCUUGGAGGGUAGGUUCUAGAUGUCCUAAUGAAGUCUGUAAUUGGAAGUAAAUUUGAGUUUUCAUCGGAUGUCUGUCAACAACAGCUAUUUUCAGCUUCUCAGGUACAAAGGACCAAAUGUAACCAUGUUUCCUAACUCGCUGUACAGAAGGGUAUUUUGU